AUGACUAAAAACAAUUUAGCGACUCACCUCAAAUGGCUUGUGAAGCAAGGCCCUUCGCUCUACCCCUCUUUGACACCCUCCGCACACGAGACCCGGGACGAUACCAACACUCGGAACCCUGUUCCAGCACAACCAAUUUCAACUUUAGGUGAGACAGGCGCUGGUUCGAUUGUUGGCAGGGAGAGUGAUUUGGAGAGGAUACCGGGGACGAUUGUCGAGGAUACGGGGAGCAAUGAGGCGUAUGCCGACACGAAUAUGGCACGAUUGCAAUUCGCUCCACAGUCGACGAAUAAACCUCAGCUGUUGAGCUCUUCUAAGACACCCUUCGAAAGGACUCCUAGGAAGUCACUUGAGCGUAUUUCCGAGAAAUCGCCUACUGCAUAUCGGGGUGUGCGGCCUCAUAAAGAUAACGAUCACGACAUGUCUCCUUCGUCGCAAAGCUUUUUCAAAAAGUCUACAGUGACCUCCAUUAAGCCCAAACGCACCUCUAGCCUCGAUUCACCGGCACUGGAUAUCGAUGCCAUUGACUUGACAGGCGAUAUUGAGCUGCCCGCAGCUCCGUCAUCUGGCACGGUAGAAGAAUUUGGCGAACCGCGUCGGCUAUGGACGGCAGAUGCUGCGUCUCGGAAAGAACCCGACGGGAAACGAGGGAAGAAAAGGAAAAGCGAUGAAUACAAAUCCGAUCUUUUGUCGCCAAGGAGACACGCUCCAAAAGUCCGUUCGCCAUUAGCAUUAAGUAAAUUUACGGCUUCCAAAGACCCGACACCACAUGUUUUUCCCACGGCACACCGCCAUACUCCUUCACCAACCAAGCAGUGCGCUCGUACAGAAGACCGGGUAAUUCGUGAUUCCGACGACGAUGGCGACGAUGGCGAUGAUGACCUAUUUGACGACUGGAUACAAGAAGAUGAUCCGAUCCUGGAAAACGACGAUGGGCUGUAUCCGGCUCUUCCCGAAGAGGAUCACUCGGAUAACCACGAAGAUGGCAGGACAUGGGAAUCACCGAGACGGACGUCUGCACCACCAUUCAAAAAGGACGAUUCCCCGAUCCCAGCUAUUAGAUCUCCCGCUAAGAGGCCAUCGUCCAACAAACAAGCAAGCCCUGAAAGAACGCCUACCUAUUCAUCUCCGCUUCCGACCAGCUCCCAGGCUCCGCAAGAUGAGAAUAUCGUGCAAUUCUUAGAAUUCUCGGUUGAUUCUCUAAAUAAUGCAAUCACGGAGCUCAAGGGUUCGCUUACAAAGAACGCAGAGAUCGUAUACCAACAGGCAAUGGAGGGCGUACCAGCACUUGAACUCAUCACCGUCAACAAAACCCUCAAAGGCCGGAUAGAGGCUAUUGAACAACUAAAACAGAAAAAAACUGCACACAAGGCUUGCCAAUCGAAGAAAGACAGUUUAAAGAAGUCGCUCAUUCGGGCUAUAUCUGAAGGAGAUGACCCUUCGACAAUGCCUGAACUUGCGGAAAGUCGGGCUGUGUCUACAGAACUAGGGCAGAUCGAGGAAGCAAUGCGUGAUCUUCUUUCACAAGCUGACAUCCUCGACAUGGUUUCACAUUCUUUGGCCUCCACAACACCAAAACCUAGUAGUGACAGGUUUAAUCGUGAUACAGAAAGCAGUGCCAUGACUUCUAACCGUGCGGGGAGCCCUCUGUUUGUGUCUCCUGCGCAACCAACGUCAACCAACAUUAUGUCCCGAGCGGGCGUCUCAGCUCCUGCAAUGGCACCAGUUUCUAGAACAACAAUGGACAACGACGUGUCUGCAGUAUUUGAUUAUGACGAGCCGAUGAGUAAAGGAGAGGAUUGUUUUACGCGCACAAUGGGUUUGCCGUCGUCUCCCGCUUUUGAAGCAGAUGAAUUUGACUUGGACGCGAAUGACGAAGAUAUGUUGGAAGUUGCCGGAAAUUUCGAGGGCAAUCGAUCUCCCGAAGUUGAUAAUUAUGCAUCUCACGGCCGCAAGGUUUUUGGGGAAACAUCUGCAAAUGCUAUCCGCGUUCUUUCGCCUAACAAGUCACCGGUUCGGACCGCUCUAUGGAAUCAACAUUCAUGGUCAAUGGAUGUAAAAAAUGCUUUGAAGGACCGAUUUCAUUUACGGGGUUUUCGAAUGAACCAACUCGAGGCUAUCGAUGCUACUCUGUGCGGGAAGGACACAUUUAUUCUGAUGCCGACGGGUGGAGGAAAGUCAUUGUGUUAUCAAUUGCCCUCCGUUGUAUCCAGCGGCACUACCCGCGGGGUCACGAUCGUGAUAUCUCCAUUGCUGAGUUUGAUGCAGGAUCAAGUCGACCAGUUACAGAGGCUUAAGAUCAAGGCCAUAUUGUUGAACAAGGAUACCAAAAAGGAAGAAAGAACACAGGUGUUGAGCACUCUUGCUCGCCACGGGGCGGAUGAGCAUAUCCAGCUGCUCUAUAUAACACCAGAAAUGAUAAACAAAAACCAGGUUCUCAAUAGAAUCCUGGAGAGUCUUCACAGCAGACAAAGACUUGCACGGAUCGUCAUUGAUGAAGCUCAUUGCGUUAGCCAAUGGGGACACGAUUUCCGGCCCGAUUAUAAAGAGCUAGGACAGAUUCGCAAUCAGCUGCCGGGGGUUCCGAUGAUGGCAUUGACUGCUACGGCAACGGAAAAUGUGAAGGUGGACGUCAUACAUAAUCUCAAAAUGGAGGGGUGUCGAGUAUUUACGCAAAGCUUCAACCGCCCUAAUUUGACGUACGAUGUGCGUCCGAAGCCAAAGGGGGCUGAGCUUCUGGACAGCAUUGAAAACAUCAUCAAGACAUCUUAUCGGAACCAAUCCGGCAUAGUCUACUGUCUCUCAAGGAAGGUUUGUGAGAAAGUUGCGGAAGCUCUCCAGGAGAGAGGAAUCAAGGCUGCUUUUUAUCAUGCGGGUAUCGAGACAGCCAAGAAAGCGGAAGUACAGCAGCGUUGGCAGUCCGGCCGUUAUAAUGUCAUAGUCGCAACCAUUGCUUUUGGAAUGGGGAUUGACAAGCCAGACGUUCGAUUUGUGAUCCACCAUAGCAUCCCAAAGAGCCUUGAGGGCUAUUACCAAGAAACUGGACGUGCUGGGCGGGAUGGUAAGCGUUCUGGUUGCUACCUCUACUAUUCCUACAAAGAUACGUCGAUGAUAAACCGCAUGAUUGACAGCGGUGACGGUGAUUGGGCACAGAAAGAGCGGCAGCGCAAAAUGUUACGGAACGUCGUCCAGUAUAGCGAGAACAAAAGUGAUUGCAGACGGGUGCAGAUUCUCGCCUAUUUCAACGAGUACUUUCGUCGCGAGCAUUGCAAUAAAUCCUGUGAUAAUUGCAAGUCAGAUUCGGUUUUCGAAACGCGUGACUUCUCCGAAUACGCUUCUUCCGCUAUCAAACUAGUGCGUCAUUUUCAAGAAACGUUAAAUGAGAACGUGACCCUACAAUACUGCGUGAACAUCUUUCGUGGUAGCGUGAAAAGACCUAGGUCUCCCGAUCACCGACAGAUUCCGUGGAAUGGAGCCGGCUCAGCUCUGGAGCUAGCGGAGGCGGAGAGGCUUUUCCAACGACUACUCAGCGAGGGGGCGUUUAGAGAACACAACGUGGUCAAUGCCAGCAGUUUCGCGACCCAGUAUCUCAAAUUGGGCCGACGCGCUGCUGAAUUCGAGAGUGGCCGACGUGAUUUGAAGCUCCAAGUACGGCUCUCACCCAAUAAAGCAGCACGGUCAACUACUCGCACCUGUCCAGGUGGAAAUGACGAUCAGCCGAUGUCCACGAACGUGUCCUCGCCUGUCCAGUCAGCGAAUCACCGUCGUCUGGCCAAAUUCCAGCACCGGGCAUCUAAAGACGAAGAUUCUGACGGCGAGGAUAGUGAUGGUUUUGAGAGAGUCCGGGUUGCUGGCAAACCGCGGCAAGAAAAGAAGCGGAGCUUGGGUCCACCGAUAACUGAUGAUGGCGAUUUCUCUCGUCUUGACCAGCUUCAUCAGGCCGUUGCAGAAGAUUUUAUGUACUUCGCUAAGCAAACUUGUCAGCAGAUAAUGAUGGAAAAGGGCCUCCGUAAUCAACCUUUCACGGAUGGUAUUCUGCGUAAAGUAGCCAUACGGUUGCCCAAAGAUCUGUCUGAACUUGCUGCCAUUCCUGGAAUCGACACUGACAAAAUUGCGCGAUACGGGAACAAGAUAUUGGAGUAUGCGAAAAAUACACGGCGCCGGCUCGCGGAACUCAAAAAGGACGGCGAGGAUGCCGAUGGUGUUGUUGCGGACCCGAACCAUACCAAUGUCAUCAAUCUUGACAGUGACAACGAAUUUGGCGGCGAUGAUAUCUUCGAGGAUCAAACAUCGGGCCUUUUCGACUUGGACGAAAGCAACACCGUCUCUAGUCGGUUUUUCCCCGAACAACCACCUCUAUCGCAUGAUUCGUCGGACGAAUUUCAAGAUGCUGUUUCGGAACAAAGCGGCCCUAAACCCCGAAAGCGCCAGCCUGGCAAACGAUCACGCCGGAAAACCCCUUCUAGCUCGGGAUUCAAAGCGAAAAACUCGAAAUCGAAAACACCAAAGUCUGGUUAUGGUAUGAGUAAUCGCCCUUCAUCAUCUCGGAAACCUACGAAAGUAAAAUCUUCUAAUUCUACGUCCCGAAUCCCCAUAAUGCCUACUUGA